UCUUUCUCAGAACUCAUCAAACUCACCCUUUUCAGUGUAUUCAAUUGCUCUCUGUAUGUCCCUCAAUAAUAGCUUAUGAUGCUACCAAAGUUCAUGAGCCCCUUCAAGUUCAAGGUGGAAUCCCAAGAAGGAAAGAUGCUCAACAGAAGAAAAAAGCAUGUAAUGAGCUCCAUUGAGGGUACCACCAUGGAUGUUGGCCUAAGGCUCCUCCCUCAAAUUACCAGCUCAAAGAGCAAAUCCAGCAAUGUCCUUGUCAAAUCUGCAGUGAAAAAGGCAAACCAAACAAGCCCUUCAGAAUUUUGCUUCCUUAAAAAUUGCAAUCUAUGCAAUAAACAGCUCAGCCCAGACAAAGAUAUCUACAUGUACAGGGGAGAUCAAGGUUUUUGCAGUAUAGAGUGCAGGGACAGACAAAUAGUUUUGGAUGAGAUGAGAGAAUUACAGAUCUCUACGAAGCAAAUGGUAGCAUCUUAUGGGCAAUGUUGUAAUGAGGCACGACGAGAGACUCGCCUUAUUCUUGAGGACCUUCGAAUGCAUAGACAUAAAUCUAAAGUCUAAACUCUAAAUCCUUGUAAUAAAAAUUAAGACUAGCUAUAAUUUUGUGAAGAGGGACCUCUAUGAAUCAAUCCCUUCACUUUGAUUUUGAUCAGAAAAUAGCUUCAUAAGUUCGGAGCCUAUUAAGAUUUGAAAUACUAAGUAGUAAACGGUAGAAAAAUGACCUUAACCCUAAUUUUAAAACCAUGAUUGAAAUUCAUAUGUAAUCGACUUACUUAUAUAUAUGGAUGUUACCGAGACACUCUUA